AUGUCUACACAAACAGCGUUAUUGUCCAUUUUAGUGGCCGAACGCCAAGGCGAAAAACGAGCUAACACCAGUAGUGUCACGGCUUCGGCCAGCUCGAGCAAACGUCAGAAAUAUGACUCGAAUGAUACACAACCUCAAGUAGGCUUACAAGAUGUAGCUGCAGAGACAGCAACUACAAAUGCUUCAGAGGAAGCAACUAACAGUGCUUCAGAGGAAGCAACAAAUUCGGUCUCAGAGUCAGACAAUGAGCAACACACAAGUGAGCAAAAUGACGACAGGUUAAGUGUACAUGGGGAUGAGCAUGACCCUGAUUUUGCCGGGUCAAUGAGUGAGGAUGAAGACAAUACCAGUCUUCUGACAAAAAUAGGUGAAUCACUCUGUCCCACUGAGGAUCAUGGACCACAAGUUAUUGAAAAACUUUCACAACUAGUGAAUACUAAGUUUGUGAUGGAUCUUAACCUUGAAAAAAGGAAACAACUUUCUGAAAAGUACAAAACACCCAAAAAUUGUGAGGCACUUUAUGUGCCACGUGUUAACCCGGAGAUAUGGGGAAAAUUAAACCCAACAACUAAGCAGCGAGACAUAAAGAUGACAACCUUACAAGACCUCUUACUCAGAGUGUCAAAUGCUGUAAUUAUCUCAUUGAAGACACUUUUAGACUGUCGAGAGAAACGAUCAAUUCCUGAUUAG